AUGAAACCUGUGGAUAUUCUGCUGAGUAUGCUGGUCGCUGUCGCUGUCCUGUGGUUUGCAUCGGAACCCAGUGUUCGCCAUAGAAACUGGAGCAAAUACGUCGUUCUAGCAGCAAUUACCGUCGCGGGUUAUCUCCUGAAUACCGGGUUGAGCGUGCUCAACAUGCAAGUGACCCCGGGGCAAAUUCACCCGACAAUCCUUGCGUCCGACCUCAUAGUGGAAAGUGAUCAUGAAAUUUCGCAACCGCUGGACGCCAAUGGUUUACUGACAGCGACAUUCGAUUCGAAGUAUCGAGAGAAUACACCUGGAAACAGUGUGCUCAAUACCAUUAUGCGCACAUUGUUGAUGCCAGCGGAAGAAGUUCCGACGUGGUGUAAUCGAACUGACGACUACCAGUAUCCGUUCAAGAAUGUCGUUGCUAACUACAGUUUUCUUUCUUGA